UGAACUGGCUCUCCAUGAACUGUGCGUUUAUUUACUCUCCUAAUCCUCCUGUGUGGAUCUGAAACAGAACGAUCAGCUUCAAACUCUUCAAAUUAAUUAGAAUUAAUGUGAGAAUAUGGAAUCUGAAAGCUCUGAUACUCUGCAAACUUCAUUUGAUUCUUCCCACAUCAACACAUCUCCCAGAGUAAUGCAGGAAAUGUCAGGCGAAGAUAGAAUUCACUACAGCGCUGAGUGUGGAAACAGUAAUUUUUUUUCUGACAGUAAUGAUCUUCAGAUACACCAGCUUAUUCACUCUAGAACAAAGCUGUAUCAGUGCUCUGAGUGUGGAAGCAGUUUUUCUGUGCAGACUAACCUUAAGAGACACCAGCGCAUUCACACUGGAGAGAAACCGUAUCAGUGUUCAGAGUGCGGGAAGAGGUUUACUCAACAGAGUCACCUCCAGCUACACCAACGCGUUCACACUGGGGAGAAACCGUAUUCCUGUUUCGUAUGUGGGAGGAGCUUUUCUCAGCAGAGUCGGCUCCAGGUCCACCUGCGUGUUCACACUGGAGGUGAACCACUUCACCAGUGCUCAGAGUGUGGGAGGAGUUUUAUGGACAGGCGCUGUCUCCAAGUUCACCAGCGCAUUCACACUGGACAGAAACCAUAUAAUUGCUCAAUUUGUGGGAAGAGUUUCAGUCAACAAGGCCACUUCCAAAUACACCAGCGCGUUCACACCGGGGAGAAACCGUAUUACUGCUCGGAAUGUGGGAAAAGUUUUCAACAACAAUCCCAUUUCCAAAACCACCAGCGCAUUCACACUGGAGAGAAACCAUAUCUCUGUUCAGAGUGCGGGAAAAGCUUUGCUGUGAAGUGCGGCCUUCAGAAACACCAGCGUCUUCACACCGGUGAGAAGCCACACCAGUGUUUAGAGUGUGGGAAGAGUUUUACUGACCGACGCAAUCUUCUCGCUCAUCAGCGCAUUCACACUGGAGAGAAACCGUACUGUUGCCCAGAAUGUGGGAAGAGUUUUACUGUACAGAGUCAUCUCACGGUACACCAGCGCGUUCACACGGGGGAGAAACCGUAUUCCUGUCCAGUCUGUGAGAAGACUUUCGCUAACAAAGGAAAUCUGAACGUGCACCAGCGUAUUCACUCUGGGGAGAAACCGUUUCAGUGUUCAGACUGUGGGAAGACAUUUAGAGAGAAUGGUUCACUUAAGAAACAUCUGCGCCUUCAUAAAGGGAGCAAAGAUGGACAGGAUCGAACAGGAGUCUGACGUCUCUGCUGUACUCCGGUACUAAAUAAAAAGCUUUAAUAACCAAGGCCUAGUUUCUCUCGAAGCAUCUUAAGCCCUGUCCGGACGGGAUUCGUUUUUUUAGGGGCACUUCUACUCAGUAAUAAAACUCUUGCAUCCGGACUCCUAUUGAAAAAACAGGAGGAACAGUGACAUCGUGUUCUCCAUUUCCACGCACUGUUGUGUUUUACAUGGAUCUCCGUGGAAAUGCGCACCCAAAGUGUAAUUACGGUGCGUGGCAGUGGACUAUUUUAUUAAACGUGAGCAGACGAAACUCAGAGAUGUGCGUCCGGAUGGGACUAAAAUUACCCAAGGACUAUAAUUUUCGUCUAAGAAAAACACGUACAUGGUGGUUCCCAACAGGAACAAAAUCACAGAGGAAUAAAAGAUAAAAGAGAAAAUUACCCCAGGACCCCCUGAGAAACUAAUCCUGUUCGGAUUGUGCUCAUGCAUGUGUUUUUCUCAGACGUCCUCUGAGAAAAUUAAAGGCUGAACUAGAUUGCAGUUCCUACAGAAACUGCGAGUGUGAUUGCAGUGCUGGCCGGGGUCCCCAAAAUGUUGACCAGUAGCUCUAUUACACACAGUACUGGGGGGCCGGGGUGUCCAAACAUUUGGCCAGUGGCUCCAUUACACACAGUACUGGAGCUCUGGGGUGUCCAAACUUUUGACCAGUGGCUCCAUUAUACACAGUACUGGAGCUCUGGGGUGUCCAAACUUUUGACCAGUGGCUCCAUUACACACAGUACUGGGGGGCCGGGGUGUCCAAACUUUUGACCUAAUGCUGUUUUAUCCCAUAGCUGCUCCAUACACUCACAGUACUGGAGUUCUAGCUGCUUAUUAUUAAGUAAACUGCAAUCUCAUUAUUUUGAGAUAGCAAGUCAUUAUUUAGAGAAAACAAGUCAUUAUUUUGGGAUACUAUCUCAAUAUUUUGAGAUACUAUGUCAUUGUUUUAAGAUAGCAAGUCAUUAUUUUGAGAUAUCAAGUAAUUAUUUUGAGAUAAGUCAUUUUUUGAGAUAAGUCAUUUUUUGAGAUACUAAGUCAUUGUUUUGAGAUAGCAAAUCAUUAUUUUGAGAUAUUUAGUCAUUAUUUUAAGAUACUUAGUCAUUAUUUUGAUACUAUUUCAUUAUUUAGACAUAAUAAGUCGUUAUUUUGAGAUAGCAAGUGUGUUUGCUUUUGAAAAAAAAAAUCUUUCAAAAUAAUGAAUUACUAUCACAAAAUUAUGAGAUAGUAUCUCAAAAUAAUGAGAUGGUUCCUCAAAAUAGUGACUUACUAUCUCAUAAAAAUGAGAUAGUAUAUCAAAAUAAUGAUUUAGUAUCUCAAAAAAUGAGAAACUAUCUAAAAAAUAAUGAGAUAGCAGUUUACUUAAUUUAAUUACUUUAUUUAUUUAUUGGCUUCAUAGUAUUCUGUAUAUUUGAUCCGGUUAGUUUCGGUUUCACACUGCAGUUUAGUGACGGAAUAAAGAACUUUACUACA